UUUCCCCGUGCCCCCCUCUUCCUCUCCCAUCCUCUGUGCCCCCUUUGUCCUGCCUCUCUCCCCCUCACCCCCCGCUCCGAGGGGCACAGAUUUCCCCCUCAUCAGCCCCCUCACCCGAAUCCCCGGCCACCCCCUCAAAAAAAGGGGGAUCGGGUGUGGGGUUUUCUUGGAGGGGUGGGAGAGGCGCCCGCCCCCCACCCCCCGCCCUCCAGGGGUGGAGGUGGGCGAGGGAGCGUGGGGUGGUGGGGGGCGAUGGAGCAACCUGAGGACAUGGCGUCGGUAAGCGAGUUUGACUCUUUGACCAGCAGCAUCCCGGCCACCAAGGUGGAGGUCACCGUGUCGUGCAGGAACCUGCUGGAUAAAGACACGUUCUCCAAGUCGGACCCACUGUGUGUGCUGUACACUCAGGGGAUAGAGACCAAGCAGUGGCGGGAGUUCGGAAGAACAGAAGUUAUCGAUAACACCUUGAAUCCAGAUUUUGUCCGCAAAUUCAUCCUGGAUUAUUUCUUUGAGGAGAAGCAGAACCUGCGAUUUGACCUGUAUGACGUUGAUUCCAAGAGCCCGGACUUGUCCAAACACCAGGAUUUUCUGGGCCAGGCCUUCUGCACUCUGGGAGAGAUCGUGGGCUCCCCCGGGAGCCGGCUGGAGAAACCCCUUGUGAUCGGAGCCUUCACUUUGAACUCCCGGACUGGUAAACCCAUCCCAUCUGUUUCGAAUGGAGGGAUACCAGGCAAGAAAUGUGGCACCAUCAUCCUGUCAGCUGAGGAACUGGGCAACUGUAGGGAUGUAGCCACGAUGCAGUUCUGUGCCAACAAACUGGACAAGAAGGAUUUCUUCGGCAAAUCAGACCCCUUCCUGGUGUUUUACCGCAGCAACGAGGAUGGAACGUUCACCAUUUGCCACAAGACGGAGGUGGUGAAGAAUACGCUGAAUCCCGUGUGGCAGGCCUUCCCCAUCCCCGUCAGAGCGCUCUGCAACGGCGACUACGACCGGACCAUCAAGGUGGAGGUGUAUGACUGGGACCGGGAUGGCAGCCACGACUUCAUUGGGGAGUUCACCACCAGCUACCGGGAGCUGGCCCGGGGCCAGAGCCAGUUCAACGUCUAUGAGGUGGUUAACCCGAAAAAGAAAAUGAAGAAAAAGAAGUACGCCAACUCUGGCACAGUGACACUGCUUUCCUUCUCGGUGGAGUCUGAAAGCACCUUCCUGGACUACAUCAAAGGAGGGACCCAGAUCAACUUUACAGUGGCCAUUGAUUUCACGGCCUCCAACGGGAAUCCUUCGCAGUCUACCUCCCUGCACUACAUGAAUCCGUACCAGCUCAACGCCUAUGCCAUGGCCCUCAAGGCCGUGGGUGAGAUCAUCCAGGACUAUGACAGUGACAAGAUGUUCCCUGCACUGGGCUUCGGGGCCAAGAUUCCCCCAGAUGGCAAAGUGUCCCAUGAAUUCCCCCUGAAUGGGGAUGCAGAGAACCCAUCGUGCAAUGGAAUCGAGGGCAUCCUGGAGGCCUAUCACCGCAGCCUGCGCACCGUCCAGCUCUACGGCCCCACAAACUUCGCCCCUGUGGUCAGCCACGUGGCCCGGUAUGCCGCGGCCGUGCAGGACGGCUCCCAGUACUACGUGCUGCUCAUCAUCACCGACGGGGUCAUCUCUGACAUGGCCCAGACCAAGGAGGCCAUCGUCAACGCCGCCAAGCUCCCCAUGUCCAUCAUUAUCGUGGGGGUGGGGCAGGCUGAAUUUGAUGCCAUGGUGGAGCUGGACGGCGAUGAUAUCCGGAUCUCCUCCCGGGGGAAGCUGGCAGAGCGGGACAUCGUCCAGUUCGUGCCCUUCCGGGACUACAUCGACCGCACGGGCAACCACGUGCUGAGCAUGGCGCGGCUGGCCAAGGACGUCCUGGCGGAGAUCCCCGACCAGCUCAUCUCCUACAUGAAGGGGCGGGGGAUCCGGCCGGGUCCCGCCUCCCCGGGCCCCCCACAACCGCCUCCCCUGCACACGCAGAUCUGAGCCCUGAGCCCUGGGCCUGGGGUGUUGGGGAUGGGGGCAGGGAAUCCAGGCUCCAGGGACCCAUCAACCCACCCUCUCCGCAGCCCAGGGCCCCAGGGGUAGCAGGACCCCAGGGCUGGAUUACUAAAGAGCCUGGGGCAACUGGGGGAGGAUUAGACUGAGAAAAUGUCCCCAAGAGCAAGAGGAGGAAGAAGAGCCAGGGACUGAGCCUGGUCAGGAGGGCACAGGGGUGAGACUGGAGGCUGAGGACACUGGGAUCUGCAGCUCUGCACCUGAGGCAGUCUGGGGGACAGAGGGAGGGGAAGAGGGAGGGUGGGAGGAGGUGAGGGAGAGGGGAUCAGCUUCUGCUGAGAUGGGAGGUGCCAGAGGGCCGGGAGGGUCUCUGGCUGGGCCCUCUCCUGAUGCCACAGUCUCCCAGGCUGCCCAGCUGCCAGGCCAGAGGGCAGAUCCUGGGGCAGGAGGGGAGAGGCCAGCAUGGAGCAUGUCCAAGUUAUAGGCAUCCAACAGGGAGAAGGUUAAGGGAAACAUAAGGAUCUGGCGAGACCUUGGGGGACCCUGCCCCAGAUCCUUUCUUUGGACCCUAAUAACACAGGCUUGACCCCACCCCUAUCCCACAUGGCUAACUAACAAACAAUCACUCACACACACGGCCUCCCCCUUAGACACACAGAUAUUCACACACCACUUCCUCACCCGGACACGCUGAUGCACUUACACCUACAGUUAUUUGCAGACACAUAUGUGCACACACAGCCUCCCACGCCCUCAGUCACACAUGCGAUCCAUCCAACGGAGACACCCAGCUUCUCAGGCACAUGUGUGCGCCCGUAUACACAACACGCACAGGCUCUACAGAUAGCCACCUCCCCACCCACGUAGACACGAGCAUUCACCCAACACUCACGGCUCCUGAACGCUCGAGACACACACAGGCACCCCCCGACAUUCACACACCCACACAACCACAGGCCUCCCCACCCCACCAACAGCACUCCCUCGUACCCAGAGACCCCUGCUCUGGAAAGGGCGGUAACUGUGGGCAGUGUCGGCCCUGGCCUGUAUCUCAUCUUUCCACGGUCACUCAGUCCGGGGGCUUCGUCCCUCCAGGUGGGUCUUGGGGCUGCUUUGACGUUACUCUGCCCUGGAGGCAGGGAGGAGGUUCGACUGCAGGGGCAGCCCCAACCAUUCAGGUGUACCCCCAACCACCCAGGCUCUCUCUCCCUUCUUCCGAUGGGGCAGGAUGGCUCAGGUCCAGUUCUGGGCUCAGCCUCACCUCCUCAAGAGGCCCUGGGAAUGCAGGGGCACCCGCUGCCAAUCCUGAAGUGGGAUUGGCCCAAAGCUCCCCAGUGGAGGUGGGAGGAGCAGAGAUGGGUAGGGUUCUGCAGUUCUGACAAUUUAGUUAGUUAGGGGUCAGGGGCGCCUCGGGCUUGGAAGAGGCCCCAGAAGAGUAGAUAAGGAGCUCUCAACCUCCCUGCCCUCAGCUGAGCUGCGGUCUCUGUUGCUCUGAGGAGGGGGUUGGUAGGAAGCAAGGAAGGCGGGUUGAGGUAGAGGGGAGAGGCCGUUGAAGAUUAUCAGUGGAAAUGACCUAGGUUCUAAACUUAUAUAACUUCCAAGGCAGGAAUUACGAUAACAAAGAAAUCCCCGCUCCACCACGACCUUCACUCACCAGCCCAGGACAAGGGCUGCCCAACAUGACUCGCUAUGACCAGCUCAGGACCCUUUCAGGGUAUAUCUGGUCCCAAGGUCCAGGUGGGCCUGGGCAAGGCUGGGUUACCUGUGGAAAUAGGAGCUGAGCCACGAGGUGGGAAAGAGCAGGGAAAAGGGGGAGGCCACGGCGGCCAUGGCCAGAGGUCCCCAGAUGGCCUUUCCUGGGAAAGGCCACUCCCUCGUUCGGCUUCCCCCCGGGCCUCGGCUCCUGUGGGAAAUCCUCCGGGUCUGAGCGGGGGCUUGGACUUGGGUCUGGACGUGGCUGCUGAGGAACUGUUUGGCCUGAGGGUGAAGCUGCUGGGGAGGAUGCCCUGACCAGAAGCUGGCUGCUAGGGAUGGUGCCCGGUCCCGGGGUGAGGCUGCUGGGGAGAGUGCCCUGCCCCAGGGCUACCUGCUGGGGAGGGUGCCCUUCCCCGAGGGGCAGGGUUGCUGAGGAGAGUGCCAUGCCUGAGGGUGAGGCUGCUGGGAAGGGUGCCCUGCCCAGGGGCAAGUUUGCUAAGGAGAAUGCCCUUUCCUGGGGGUAAAGCUACUGGGGAGGGUGCCUGGCCCCAGGGCAAAGGCUGCUUGGGGAGAAUGCCCAGCCUGAGGGCUGGCUGCUGGGGAGGGUACCUUGCCAGGGGCAAGUUUGCUGAGGAGAGUGCCUUUCCUUGGGGCGAAGCCGCUGGGGAAGGUGCCCUGCCCUGGGGUGAGGUAGCUACGGAGCAUCCCCAGCCUGGAGACUUGGCCGGCGUUGGAGAGCGUGCCCGGCCCCGGGGGCAUAGCUGCCGGGACAGUGGUUCUGGGGAGAGCUGACCCCAGACGGGUAGGACGUCAGACCUGGAGCAAGUCUUCCCGUGGCUCCCACACCUGGAGCGCACCACCUGGGCUCCGGGGCCGGGGCUGUCCAGGAGGCCUUCACCCACGUCUGGGGCUGGGGAGGGAUCCGGCCCCAGGCGAGCUGCUCAUCCUGCUCAAGGAGGGGCUGAGAUCGCCUUGGGCCAGGUCGCUCCAGCUCUCAGAAGUCAUAGGCCAGAGCUGCUCAGGCCUGGCUCGGCCCCCACCCCCAGAAGUAGCGUGAGCCCGUGCCCCGACUCACCGUCUGUGAGCCCACUGGGGCGGCCAGCCCUAUAGAUAUUGGGUGAUGCAUGCCAGUUCUGUCCCGUCGCAUGUGGCCGAGGGGCACCGAGGGGAGACGGACCGAGCCCCCCUGCCGGGGCCGACUCCGCGCCCCAGACCCCGGUGCCAUCGCCUGAGGCAGCCGGCCUGAACCAGGCACCCCCUCCGCCCCCUGUUUUUUAUGUGCAUGAUGAUGGCAUCUCACGCUCCUGUCUUGUGCCGAGUGUCUGACGUGAGUUGCUCUGUCUUGGAUUUGCCUUAAACUGAAAUAAACCCUGCCCUUUUACUAGC